AAACCACCUCCCGGGAUGACGAACGUCUUGCCAGGGGUCCGCCUUCCUCGCCGCCCCUCGGGACCCGCUCGGCUUACAUGCACCCAUCAUUACUAUCCCCACACGCCCUUCGGCGGCGGUACCCACCACCGGCCCGGCCCCCCGCUGCGCCCGGGUCCGGCCCCUUCACCGUUCCCAGUGGGGCGGCCGCCGCCGCUCGCCCUGCCCGCUGAGCGAGAAGAAACCCCUCAUCUCCCCUCCGGUCCCGGGGGAGGGGGCUGCCAUCACGUGUGCUUCCUCCCCCUCCUCUCCCUCCUCCUCCUCCUCCUCCUCCUCCGCGGCGGCGGCAGCAGCAGCAGCGGUCGCCUCGGCUCCGCUCCCUUUGUUGCAGGCGGAGCGGCGGCGCUGCCGGGCGCCGCGCACAAAGGAGCGCGGCUGGGGCGAGGCGGCCCCCGCCGGCGGAUAGGCGCGGAGCUCUCCUCCGCUCCGCCGGGCUCAGUAGCCGCGCUGCACCGCACCGCCGGGGCCAGCCCCGCCUGCCGCCGGGCAGCGGUGGAGGAGGAGGCGGCAGCGGCGAGUCUGUGCGGCCGCCGCGGUGGGGAUGCUGAAGGUGUGCUUCGGAGCGGUGGAGAAAGGACGGUCCCGCCCGGGCGGCGCCGCGGGCUCCGGUUGAUGCUGCGGGCCUGCCGCCGCCAUCCCGCUGCCGCCGGCGUUGCUCCUCGGCAGCCCCUCGCCAUGCUGGGAGAGAGCCCGGCCGCCGCCCGACCGCUCCUGCGGGCGGGACCCCCCUUGGCGCUGUGCUACACCUCGGCCCUCCUGGUGCUCGCCCUCUCCUCGCUACCCGCCGGCCGCGCCUCCCACCCGCUGCCCGGCUCCGAGUGCCAGGGCAGCGGCAAAGGGAAAGGCAUCAACUGCUCAGAGUUAAAUGUAAGGGAAUCUGAUGUAAGAGUGUGUGAUGAAUCGUCAUGUAAAUACGGAGGAGUGUGCAAGGAAGAGGGCGACGGCUUGAAAUGUGCGUGUCAGUUCCAGUGUCACACAAACUAUAUUCCUGUUUGUGGAUCAAAUGGAGACACUUACCAAAAUCAGUGCUUCCUCAGGAGAGCUGCUUGCAAGCAUCAGAAAGAGAUAACAGUGGUAUCAAGAGGACCUUGUUAUUCUGAUAACGGCUCUGGGUCAGGAGAAGGAGAGUAUGAAGGAUCUGGGACAGAAGUUCAGAGAAAACACUCAAAAUGUGGAGUUUGCAAAUAUAGGGCUGAGUGUGACGAGGAUGCAGAAAAUGUUGGGUGUGUAUGUAAUAUAGACUGCAGUGGAUACAGUUUUAAUCCUGUAUGUGCUUCUGAUGGAAGUUCCUAUAACAAUCCAUGCUUUGUUAGAGAAGCAUCGUGUCUGAGGCAAGAGCAGAUCGACAUCAGGCAUCUUGGACACUGUUCAGAAACAGAUGACACGAACGCUGCUGGAAAGAAAGAGGAUGGCAUGCAGUAUCGGCCAGAGGUGAAAGAUGCCAGCGAUCAAAGAGAAGACAUUUACAUUGGAAACCACAUACCUUGUUCAGAAAGCUUCAAUGGCUACUGUAUACAUGGAAAAUGUGAAUUCAUUUAUUCCACUCAGAAGGCUUCCUGCCGGUGUGAAUCAGGAUAUACUGGACAGCACUGUGAAAAGACAGACUUUAGUAUUCUUUAUGUUGUCCCAAGCAGACAAAAGCUUACGCAUGUCCUUAUUGCAGCAAUAAUUGGAGCUGUACAGAUUGCCAUUAUAGUUGCAAUUGUCAUGUGCAUAACAAGAAAAUGCCCCAAAAACAAUAGAGGACGUCGGCAGAAGCAAAACCUAGGCCAUUUUACUUCAGAUACAUCAUCCAGAAUGGUUUAACUUAGUGAUUUUUAUACCUACAUUGACCAUGUGAUGUACAUUUUUAUUAUAUCUUUUUUUAAAGAAUGGAAAUAUUUAUUUCAGAGGCCUUAUUUUUGAACAUUUUUAGUGUAACAAUGUUGGUCUGUAUUCUGAAAGCAACAGCUCUAACAGCUAUGGACUGUUUUAGUAUCUUUACUUUUAUGUUUUUGAAUACAGUAGUCCAUUUUCUGUAUCUGUAUCACAUGGUUAUAUAAUAGACUUGUGCUUUAUCCAUGGAAUGUAAUAUUUUUGGGAACACAGAUUUAUUCCAUCAAUGGUUGUAGAUUUAAAAACAAACAGGCAACAAACAAUAAACCAACAAAAAAGUCCACGUUACCUAGCAAACAAGGCAUGAACAAAAGGUAAAAAUGUUUACAGCUUACUUUUCUUAUGAGAAACUAGAAAACACUGUGUUUAAAUACCGUAGAUAUUUAAAUGUUUUUGGAAGUUAGUAACUGAUUUUUUAGACACUGCCUAUCGCAUGAACUGUGAAGCUGUGUGCUGUGUGUAGUUGUAACAUAUUUAUAAGACGUGUGGGCUGGGUCUAAGCACUGCCAUCUUCAUACUGAAUUCCAACAAUUUAUUUUUAAAGAGGAAAACUAUAAAUUUCAUAAUUUGGGAAGUUACCUGGUAGAGCAGAUGGCACAGGUCCAAAAGUAGGUCUGAGUAGAUGUAGGUAUUGUAAAAAUUGGUGUUGAAUAAUUGAACACAAAUAAUUGGAAUAAAGCCUACUUUAUCACUGUUAAAGCUGUUUUAAUACUUCUUAAACUUUUUUAAAGCAAAUACAUGUUUUAACACCUACAAUACUGAUUGUAUAGUGUUUGUGAUUAAAAUACAAAAAAAAAAAUAAAAGUGAAUGAAUUACUAGUGCUCUUGUAUAGAGUAUUUUCAAGAGCUAAAGAAGUCCAUCCAAAUUAGUCUGCUGGUCAUAGUUAUAUUAAUAGAUCGUUAGUUGUCGUUUGAAAGAUCCCGAGCUAAAGUGUGAAUAGGAUGUGUUCAGCUGUUUUAACAUGUAGUUUAGGCUUUCAAAAUUUUGCAUGUAGGAUUUAAUAAUUUGUUCAGUUAAAAAAAAGAAAAAAAAGAAAGAAA